AUGCAAAUCAUCAUCAAAUUCAAAUCGGAUAGGACAGCUCAAGUGUUCAAGGAAAAUAAAAAUAUUUGGUUGAAAUGUUUUAACUGGUUGGAUCAUAUGGGGAGGAAAGCGGUGUUGCUAAACACAGGUCCAUUUUGGAAUCGUAAUGAUCUUUCUUAUGGAAAGCUAUGUAUUCUAACUGUUGCUAGGAAAAGGAUAAACAACGAGGUGAAUGUUGUCUUUGAUGGAAUUGCAUGCAUAAUCGAUAUAAUUGAAAUUGAUGAUGAUUGGACUCCAUUCAAGCCCUUCUCGUCGAAAUCAAAUGAGGAGUUGGAUGAUGAGUUUGAUGAUAACGUUGACGGGGUUUCUGAUACUUGGAUACAGGAGAAUACGGAUCUUGAAGAUGGUGAAAUUGAUCCAAAAGAAAAUGAUCAAGCCGGUGGGAGCCCAAAAACUCCGAUGGCUGCAAAUUCUUUGGUGGGUAUUAGAAUGGACAAGACCAUGCAUGCUCAUGUGGAAAACGAAGAGACACAAUUUAGAGAGUCCUUAUGCAUUGAUGGUGGGGUUCAUAUGGCGCAUCCCAAAGGCUUUGAAAGUGAAGAGAAUAAUUGUGUAAGGUUUAAUUUGUCGGGGUCCACUCCUACUAGGUCAGGUAGUCAACUUGGUGGUACUACUGUUGAGCUGAAGUCGCCUAGACCUAAUUCUAGGUCGCAGUCCAUUGGAGCACAAAGCAGCACAGAGUUUGAGCUUGCUGACUUCAAAAAAUUUAUCUGUGAUGCUGGAAUUCUCGAUCUCAACAAGGGAGGUGGUCGUUUUACUUAUUUAUGUGAUGAAGGAUGCAAAUUAAGCAAGAUGGAUCGUAUUCUAGUUUGUUCAAAUUUCAUGUCUGCUUUCCUCAACACUUUUAUUACCGCCCUUCCUAGGGAAUUUUCGAACCAUGUAUUACUUUACACUCAUUACAUGAUAUUUGGUGCUCCCCCAUUUAGAUUCUACAACUCUUGGAUGUGUCGUGAUGAAUGUAACUCAAUUGUUAUGCAAACAUGGAGCAGUUUCAAUGGUGGUGGAGCUCCCGACAAAUAUCUUUCUGAUAAGCUUCAUUUUGUCAAAAAUGCCAUUAAACUUUGGAGAAGGGCUGAAUUUGAUAAGGAAAAUAGUGCUUUGCUUGAACUUAAAAAAUUGGUGAAUGAUUUAGAUAUGGAGGCCGAGAAGAGGCUAUUAACCUCAUUGGAGAUAGCUAAAUUAAAAGAAAGUAGAAUCAAAAUUACCGAUAUGGAGAAACUAAAAAAAGGAUGA